CUCAACCUCCUGUCAUAGCAAUUCCUUACAGCAGUUGUGUAGUAAACUUAUCUUAAAGUAUCCUACAGCAAGAAAGAAUGGAAAAGAAAUCUCUUUUAGUUUAACUUGAGAAAGAAGCUAUGAAGUAACAAAGUGGAAACAUUUUAAAUCAGCUUUAAGUCCAGAAUUCACACUUAAGGAUUUUGAUUUGGCCACUGGAAUAUAUUGUACAACUAUACAAACGUAAAGAAUGACAGAAAAAGAGAUUCUCGACACGUCUGCACCCCCUGGCUCAGGAGAGCCCCACAAAAGUCCAAUGCAGAAACUCAAGAACCUGUUCAACAAAAAACAAGACAACAACAAAGAAGAGAACUUACCAGACCAACAGCCAAAUGGGGAGAUAGCUAACACAGGCCAUGUCUUCUACAUAUAUGAGGAGGAAGAGGAAGAUGAUGAAGAGGACGAGAAGAAGGACGAGACACCCGCCGAACCUGAGAAACUUAUUAAUGAUAAACCACACAAAUUCAAGGAUCAUUACUUAAAGAAGCCAAAGUUCUGUGAUGUCUGUGCACGCAUGAUUGUCCUUAACAACAAAUUUGGGCUUCGAUGUAAAAACUGUAAAACAAAUAUUCACCACCACUGUCAGUCAUAUGUGGAACAGCAGAGAUGCUUUGGAAAGAUUCCUCCUGGUUUCAGGAGGGCAUACAGUUCCCCACUGUACAGCAACCAGCAAUAUGCCUGUGUUAAAGAACUCUUGCCUUUCUCUGCAGCCAACAGAUCUGAUCCAGUAUUUGAGACUCUAAGGAUAGGUGUGAUCAUGGCGAAUAAGGAAAGGAAGAAAGGACAAGAUGAUAAGAAAAAUCCUGCAGCAAUGAUUGAUGAAGAACCUGAGCUUCCAAAACCUGAGGAGGGAAAAGUAGAAGGAGUCAAUGCUGAAGCUGAAAAGAAGGGAGACAAGAAUGUUCCUGAUGACAAGAACAAGAAAGUUCAGGCUGGUAUGCGAGGUGGAUUUAUGCAAAGUCAUUACUUUGUGGCACUUUACAGAUUCAAAGCCCUGGAGAAGGAUGACCUAGACUUCCAGGCAGGAGACAGAAUAACAGUUAUUGAUGAUUCCAAUGAAGAGUGGUGGAGGGGUAAGAUUGGUGAAAAGGCUGGCUAUUUCCCCGCCAACUUCAUUAUCCGAGUCCGAGCUGGUGAGCGUGUUUAUAAAGUCACAAGGUCAUUUGUUGGUAACAAAGAGAUUGGGCAGAUCACACUGAAGAAAGACCAGAUUGUUGUACAGAAGGGUGAAGAAGUCAAUGGCUAUAUCAAGGUGUUAACAGGAAGAAAGGUGGGCCUAUUUCCUGUGGACUUCCUGCAGGAGAUCUGAGCAUGCAUGAAUGGAAAGGACCGCUGUAUGUACCAGCAGAGAGAGGAAGUUCAUCUCUCUGGCAAACAGCCAGUUGUAAGGAAGGCAACUAGAAAUCUGAGGCAACCACCAUCAACGCAAAAAUAUUUUUAGAUUAAAUAUCAUGACAAUGAAAAUAAUUAUGCUGCUGUAUAAAACAAACAAACAAAAAACAACCAAAGCAAACAGACACAAAACAAAAUAAAGAAAUGCACAAGACUGUCCUGACAGCCAUAAGAUUGUGAAGCAAUAUUCUAACAAAGCUGUACUUACAGCAGUUACUUUACUGCAUAAAAACGGUCAUUAUUCUGCAAACCACGAAAUAAACACGUGAGACUUAAUUUGAAACCAGAUAUCUUUUUGGGAAACCUGUCAGUGAAAAAAAAAUCAGAUACAUGUAAAAGCACAAACUGACAUUUUUUUUGUUAAAUGUUCUUGGGAUUGAGCUGCUGAUCUUCAUUCUGUGCUUUACUCUGCAACACUGGAUUGGUUUAAGGCUUACAGCAGUGUUUUAUUCAGCAACGUCAGCUCCAUAUAGUCUUUUGAUCAUUAAAACAAAAUAACCCAAGAAUAGUGGUCUAUCUCUCUAGUUACCAUAUUUCUCUUGCUUCCUUUUAGUCUGAGCAGGUAAAUGCAACUCUGUCUGCUGGCUUGGCUGUCUGUCUAUCCAUCCAUCCAUCCAUACUUACAUUCACACUCCAUAAGCUGCAGCUUGUAUAUGUCUGCAUGUGACCAUAUCUGUGAUUUUCUUUUCCUGACUUGUUCUUUAUCAGUGUUUACCUUUCUGUUUGUCUUAUCACUGCCACCUACAACAUUUGUCUGUGUGCAGCACGCCUUUGUCCUUGUGUUCAUUCGUUCAUGCAUGGCUACAGUAUAUCUAGCUCUUGGUUAAUCUAGCUUCAGGCUGAACAGGUCAACUCAUCUGUCUAGGGUUUUGGAAUAGAGUAUAUACUCUAACCCUGUGUGUGCCAGAUUAGAAGGUAGAAUUUUGGUUAUGCAAAUGCCAUUUUCCCCUGUAAUUGCUUUUGUUUUGAUAGAACAAAAACAAGUGAUGUUUAUAUCAUAGGUCUUCACUCUGUAGUGAAAAUUUAAGGUAGAUUGUAGAAUCACAGGUUCCGAGUGUAGAAGGACAGAACCUAUUAGCAGGCUACUGCAGAUGUGAUAUGCCCAACACAGGUCAAAUAUAAAGUAAUGCUGUAGUACAAAAUCCAAAUUUAUUGCAGUUGUUACCAGUGCACAUAACGUUACUUCUUCCUUAUACCACUGUGUGCACUAAACAAAGUAGCCGCAGACUGGGCAGUUAAAUAAUGGAACCUCUGAAAAGUGAGCAGCAGUACAACUCCAACAUACAUAAAUAACUCUGUAUACUUCUCAUUUAGUUAUGUGUGUUUGUGAAGUGUGGUGCUGAUGCAGAGGACUGGCAGGCUGAAAUCAUGUCAUAUUACUAUAUACACAACCACAUUACUUCCCAGCCUCUAUCACAGUGAGAGGCCUUGAGCAUUUACUAUAUAUCACAAAUGCUCCUGGGUAUCCCCAGAGAAGAAAAAUGCUACCUGCAUCAACACAUUGCUGAUGAACAGCUAGUGGUUACUAAUGUGAUUCCUAAAUUCAGGACCCACCAUCACCCAGACAGGCACACACAUACAGAUAUACACACAUAUGCUGUAAUAAGCAUGAGAUGGUAAGCAUGAGAUGGCAUGAAAAGUUUCUGUUUUGUCGUAUCAUUUUUUUUAAAUUUAUUUGAUAAAUGGGCAGGUGAACAAGGCCAAGUGUCUUAUUUUCAGCAAUGACAAAAAUGCAGAAGUCAAAACUACAUACACUUAACAUAUAAAACAGAAAAUUGAGUUUCUGACAACAGAAUAGAAUAAAUAAAGUGCAAUAUGGUCAUCAUCAACAUCCUUUUAAGCUUUGACUCUUAGCAUGUAGCAGUCAGAGAGCAAAAGAUAACAAAAUCAGAUGUGGGAGGGGGAGGACACAUUUACUGCAGUACAGCCUGCAUUUUGCUUUGCUCAGGAUAAACAAUUACAGUUAUUAAUGAAAGCUAGCAACAUAAAUUCUCUUCUUAUUUUGAUAUAUACAAUGUUGUGCCAUAAGGUGGCCCCUAUAAAAGUGAAUAGGUGAUGAUGGAGGGUGAUGUUUGAUGUUUGGGGAGGAAGAGGAGUGGGAUGUACAUGUUUGUGAAUGCAGAGAAAAGCAACUUUCUAAUAAGGGAUAGAAGUCAAGAUUUAAGAGUGUUUAGAUUCUGACCAAGAAGAACACUGUUGAUUUAAAGACUGAUGCACACACUUUGACUAACUUUUGCAAUGACUCAUAUAUCCCUUCUGCAAAUAACACCUUUUAAGUCUUCAACCUUUGAAUCUUUUUGUUCAAACUUACCAGGGUCUCUGCUGAAGGCUGUGAUUUCACUGGAGAAAUUAGCAUCAUGAUUUGAGAAACACUGCUGUAAGUUUUUUUGGAUGGCUGCUAAAUUUAUUAUAAAGCAAAAUGUAAGUAAGUAAGAGCCAGCUGAAUAACCUUUUGCUUUGCAUUUGUGUACACAGUAAGACUGCCACGUAUAUAAAUGCAUUGGAACCACACAUGCAACAAAAAUUUCAUUUUGUAAGGUUUAUGUAUUAGUGAUGCAGUCAGUUGCUACCAUAUUAAUGUUUGUGCAGAAAGUGUUUCAUAUGGCAGAAAAAGUGAUGUCAUUUAAUGGGUUCACCGUACUCAAGCUCCCCAGAGAUUCACAAUGUGCGCACCUUAAUAAUGGAUGCUAUACCACACAAAUAACUGUAAACAAGGUGUAUAUGACUGUAGGUAAUAUUAUAAGCAACCAACAGCCAUGGUUCUCACGUCCUCAUUAUUUUAUUUAGAUAACAAGAUCUUUGUAAUAUUCUGUCACCCAUGUCAACUUAUUACCAAACAAUUUGUGGUUCUUAUUUUCAGCACAUUCAUUUCUUCUUACCUUAAUGCAAUGGGAUGGAGUCCCCUUUCAGCUAAAAGGACUACCUCACUACUUGCUGGUUCAGCACAUUGAGAGACAAAGAUUUAGACAGCUACAUACUAACAACCAUGGCGGAUGGUAAUUUUCUUUAGUCCAUUAUUAUGCCUGUUAUGGCAAGAAAUCUAUGUUUGCAUUCAUUGUGUAGGUCAGCUGUGUGCAUAUUUGUGCCCAAGCAUGUACCUCUGGCUAGUGACCUGCCACAGCAUGCCCCCAUUGUGGAACUGCUAUAUGAACAAGACUAACUCCUAGGUUGCAAUGACCCUAUGGGAGUUAAUCCCACAGUAAAGACAUUCAGCUGGUCAGACCCUGCCCAGUAAAGCCUCCUGCAUACAAACUGCUUGACACAUUGGAUCAGUUGCUGCACAGCUGUAAAUCUCAUACCUGCUCCUGAGGGAUAGCUACCAAUGACCUUAUGGGAAAUCACUUUCAAAUAUGUAACCUCAGAAAAAGGCAUUCAUUCAUUUCCCAGCAACACUGGGGAAAUGGCUUUAUGAAUACUGCAUUAUAAUAAAAAAGCAUAUCAUUCAUUCAUGGUUUAUGUUUUGAAAGUUAGAUAGUGAGGUUUUGAACUGCAGAAAUAAAGACUUACUCUUAUGUUUUGGAUGGUCACAUUUGAUAUAGCUGAAACCACAGUCUGCUGCCAAUGACAUAGUUAUAUAUUAACAAAAUUAUUUUAAGACACCUGAGUUUGAACUAAGAAUUAUUCUUAAUCUUUCAUUAUGUAUUGUAUUCUUAGAUAUCACUUUCAGCAUAUUAAUCACCAUACAGUGUGACUCAUUCCUCUAUCAUUAUUGCUUGAACUGGGAAUGCAAGAACUCAAAUGUGUGCACCCCCAUUUUUCCACAUUUGGUAAAUGUAUUUUCUUUAUGUCAGGGUCAGAUUACACCAAAGUGUACAAAUGGUUUCUCAUGCAAAGAAACACGUUCUGGUGUCUGCCUGUUUUCAAACAUUUGGUUCAAUAAAACUUCUGGAAAGUGUUUUUCAACAAGCGGGCAUAUGUUUUGCUGCCACAUUUUUUAUUCAGAGUUCACUAAGCAUCUGUGGGAUGAUAAAUAUUUAAGGAUAUUGCAAGAAUUGGUAUUGACUAAUACAUAGGGUGAGGUAUAAAUUGUUCUUUACACUGAUAAAGACAGCUCAAUUUGUCACUCACAAAGGCACUAGUUUAUGGGGAAAAGGAGACAGUUCUGAAGCUGUGCUUGUAUUCAUCUGUAAACAUUUAAUCAAAUAUAAUAUUGCACAAUGAAAACAAACAUUUUGCACUAUGGAAAACAGUAACAGAGGAAAUAAUUUAUGGGAAACCAUAUAUAUAAGUGUACAGAGACAGGCUGUCACUUUCAUGAAAUAAACUUGUUUUUACUAAUGUAAA